AUGUCUUCUACUUCUGUUUUCGUUUCUGGUGCUUCUGGUUAUAUUGCCCAAGAAUUAGUUAAACAAUUGAUUCAAAAGAACUAUAAAGUUGUUGGUACUGUUAGAUCUAAUGAAAAAGGUGAUUCAUUAAAAGAAAAUUUAAAAGCUGCUGGUUUACAAUCUGAAAACUUCUCCUAUGAAAUUGUUAAAGAUAUUGCUGUUGAAGGUGCAUUUGAUGAAGCUUUGAAAGCUCACCCAGAAGUUACUAUUUUCUUACAUACAGCAUCUCCAUUCCAUUUUAAUGUUACUGAUGUUGAAAAAGAAUUAUUACUUCCUGCAAUUAAUGGUACCAAGAAUGCUUUACAAGCUAUUAAGACAUAUGGACCACAAAUUAAACAUGUUGUUGUUACUUCUUCAUAUGCUGCCAUUGGUGCAUUUUUUGAUCUUGCUGAUCCUUCCAAAUCUAAAGAUGAAUCUGACUGGAAUCCAAUUAAUUAUGAACAAGCUAAAUCUAAUCCACAUAGUGGUUAUGUUGGAUCCAAAAAAUUUGCUGAACAAGAAGCUUGGGAAUUUUUGAAAAAUGAAAAACCAAAUUUCACUUUAUCUACAGUUAAUCCAGUUUAUGUAUUUGGACCACAAGCAUUUGAAAUUAAAGAUAGAUCACAAUUAAAUACAUCUGCUGAAAUUGUUAAUUCUGUUUUGAAAUUAAAUAAAGAUUCUCAAGUUUCUCCAAAUUUAACAGGUUAUUUCAUUGAUGUUAGAGAUGUUGCAAAAGCUCAUAUUAGUUCAUUUGAAAAUAAGGAAAUUAUUGGUAAAAGAUUACUUUUGGCUUGUUCUGCAUUCUCAACUCAAUCAGUUUUAGAUAUUAUUCGUAAUGAUUUCCCAACUUUAAAAGAAAUCUUACCAGUUGGUGAUCCUUCUCAAGCUGAUGAUUGGAAAAAACUUGAAAGUGAAAUUAAAAAUGAUAAAACUAAAGAAUUAUUAGGUUUUGAAUUUAUCGAUUUCAAGAAAUCUGUUGAUGAUACUGUUUCUCAAAUCAUUGCUUAA